UUUUGCUGUAUCUUGGCUCAGAUGUUGGUGCUCAGCACUGGUUAGUUGGUCCAGAUGUCGGAGGACCAGAGGCACCAGCGACCUGAAGCCUCCCAGCGGGGGGACGGAGGGCUGGAGGCCGGAGAGGGCGACACGGAGCCCAGCAUGCUACUGCAGAAACUCAAGAGCAACAUCUCGAAGAACACUCAGACCAAAGUGGACCAGAUCCUGCAAGACGUCCAGCGUUUCACUGACAACGACAAGCUGUACCUGUACCUGCAGCUGCCCUCAGGACCCAGCUCAGGAGACAAGAGCGGUGGUGACUCGAGUUCAUUCAACACAGCCGACCAGCUUCACACCUGUAACUGGAUCCGCAGUCACCUGGAGGAGCAUUCAGACACCUGCCUGCCCAAACAGGAUGUCUACGAGACAUACAAGCGCUACUGUGAGAACCUGCAGCAUCGCCCCCUGAGUGCUGCUAACUUUGGGAAGAUCAUCAGAGACAUUUUUCCCAACAUUAAGGCUCGACGUCUCGGCGGCAGAGGACAGUCCAAGUACUGUUACAGCGGCAUCAGGAGGAAGACUGUGCUCAACAUGCCACUGCUGCCCAACCUGGACCUGAAGAACGACCCGGCUGAGCUGACCGAGCUCGUCCAGACGUACAAACAGGAAGUGACCGAGGCGGCCUGCGAGCUCAUCUGUGAUUGGGCGCAGAAGAUCCUGAAGCGCUCGUUCGACACGGUGGUGGAGAUCGCUCGCUACCUGAUCCAGGAGCACAUCGUCAACCCUCGCUGCAGCCAAGCCGAGCUCGUCAGCUCUGCCGCACUCGCAGGAGGUCCGGCCAAACCGCACAAGGUGAUCAAGAAGACUCCGGUCAUCUCUAAAGCCGAGAGCGACGCUGCUGAUCAGAAGAGGGAAACAGCUGAUUCGUCGUCUCUGAAGCCGGCUGGAGACAAAUCAUCAUCAUCGUCGUCCAAACCUUCAUCUCUGGACGCCCCUCCUCCCUCGUCCUCGUCUCUGCGUCCUGCUGUGGAGGCCUUCAUGAAGCAGUUACCAAGAAUCCUCCCUCGCAGCUCCCUCCCUGAUAAGACGCUCUCGGUCCGCUCCUCGCCCCCCUCGCUGGCCCCCAAAGACGCCUCGGGUGUCGGGGGGGCGUCGGGUCCCGGAGGGCCGGCCGCCGCCGCCGCCGCCAGCGGUGGUGGGAUGAAGGUCAUCGCCAUGGCAACACUACCGCAGCAGCAGGGCGGGCCGUUGCCGGUGGUGAUCCUGCCGCAGGGCUGUCUGUACGACCGGGACAUGGUGGCUCCGCCCCCGCAGCCCCCCCCCCAGCAGCACGCCCCGGCCGCGCCCACGUCCGUGGUCCAGAAAGCUCGAGGGGGGGCCGUCAAGCGCCCGUUGGAGGGCGGUUCGUCCGGUGGGCCCGGCGUGCCCGGCAGCUCUGCCGCCAGCGCUCCUCCCGUCAAACGGAAACGCGGUCGGCCGAGAAAACCUCGACCGGAAGACGCUCCGCCCGCUGCUCCUUCUGCUCCUCCUCAGCCUCCGCCUCCUCCCCCCCCGCCCUCCAUCAUCACCUCCCCGACCGGCGGCGUCAUCCAGAAAGCCUCCUCCUCUUCGGCGGCGCCGGCGGCACCACCGAUGCUGGUGAUCCAGGAGCCUCCUCUGGUCCUCAGUCAGCUGCCGGCGGUGUCGGAGGCUCACCGGCUGGUGGAGCACCGCGGCGUGGUGGUGCAGUGUCAGACCGGCACCGCGGCCGAGCCCGACCGCCACGGCCGGCCGCUGCUCCUCUUCCAGAGCCCGGGGAGCAGCUGGGAGCUGGCGGCGGGGAGGACGCAGAUGGUGGAGGUGAUCCAGAAAGCUCCGAGACCGAGCAACAACAGCGCUCCUCUCCAGCCUCCUCUGCCCACGCUGCACGAGGAGCAGGCGGAGGUGGAGAUCACGCUCACGCCGCUGGACGUCAGCCCGCAGCCUUCCUCCUCCACCUCUGCUCCUCCUCUCGGAGAGGAGCAGUCAGCUGACAGCAGCACCUCCUCACAGAGGGAGGGACACUAG